CUAAUGUGAGUUCUCAGCUGGGUUGAGAACUGAACCUGAUGACAAAAGAACAUCCUGGGUGCAUCUCCCCAGACUGGAAGACCAAGACUUGAAACAAAAGAGUCAACUACGAAGCCCAAGUUAUUGAAGAUUUAUCUUAUGGGAUUCUCCUUUGGACAUCAGAGACUUCACACUGGAGAGAAAAUGUGAGAGUGCUUAACUGGACAACCCAAAGACCUGGUAUGUAGUCCUGAUCUGCUACUAACUUGGACAAGUCACUUAGUUUCACCAGGUCCCAGUGUCCUUAUUUGGUAAAUGAGGGAUUUUUAGAUUUAGAAGGCUCCAAGAUUGCUACAGUGUUAAAAUCCCAUAAAUAUAAUGAAUGCUUGAAAAUCCUUGAUUUUUCACCAUCUUAUAUAUGUUAUCUAGAUGCUCCUAUUCCACAAUCUGGUUUCCCUGAAUCUGUUCAGUCAAAAUUUUGUACCUCCACCAACUUCUAUGAUUGUUUCAUGUCCUCCUCUACACCCUUUUACUUUCUCCUCUGAAAUAUUGGCUGGUUGCUACCAGAUGACAGAAUAAUUGUACAGAUCUUAACACAAUAGCAUGCUGUUUUAAUUCUCCAAUAACAGUCAUUAAACUAUUGUUAAUAAGCUAAUUAUUUAGAAAACAAUAUAACAAAUAUAGUCUUAGAGUACAUAGGAUUCAAACACAUUUUUGGAUUGUACUCUUAACUAUCAAAGUGGAAAGGAGAGGAAGCUAAACACUAACAGACAUGAAUAUCUGAUGUUAUUAACAAAAUCUUUACAACUCAUAAAAUAUUCAAAACAGUCAUAGGGAGAGAUUUUAUAGAUCUAUAGUUAUGAGAGUAGUUAAAGCAAUUUCAUUUAUAGGUGAUAAAUAUGAUUAGGAAAUCAAACUGAAAAAGAUAGUCUUUGUUUUCCUAGGGCUAAACUAAGAAACUAGCAGUGGGAUGGGAGAGAAAAGGAAGAAUUCAAGCAAUGAUAAGGCAGAAUCUAGGUAUAGUGGUAAUUAAGUGUGAGCACUCAGAUUUAUUUAGGUGGAUGGCUGCCAUAAUUAACACAAAAAGUUGACUGACUUUGUGAGGCAAUGAUGAGUUUGGUCUGGGGGCAUUUUAUGAGUGAGUAGUAUCCAAAUGAAGAUUACUGAUAGGCAGUUGAAUAAGUAGAAGGGUGGUGAUAAAAGGGGAUUCUGGGAGUACUGUCUUUAAAUGCAGUAAGUAGAAGGCUAAACUAAGAAGCUUUGCUGGUAGCUCAGCUGUUAAAGAAUCCACCUGCAAUGAGGGAGACCUGAGUUUGAUCCCUGGGUUGGAAAGAUCCCCUGGAGGAGGGCACGGCAACCCACUUCAGUAUUCUUGCCUGGAGAAUCCCCAUGGACUGAGGAACCUGGUGGGCUACAGUCCAUGGGGUCAUAAAGAGUCAGACAUAAAUUAGCACACACAAGUGGGAGAUGUCAAAUUAGUAGAAGCUGAGGAGAAAAAAACAGGCAAAAAAAAAGAAAAACAGAAAAAUCAGGAGAAGGUGGUGGCAUAGAAGUAAAAGAAUUUUAGCAUAGAGAUAGAUUUUCAAAUGCUACAGUAAGGUAAAAAUAGAAAAUAGCCUUUGGUUUUUUAUAAUCUCUAACUUUUAGCGGGUUGAAGACUGAGUUAAAGGUUGAAAAGGACUUAAUAGCUUGAUUGACAAAGGAGAGAUUUAGGAAGGUAACUAGAGGGAGACUGUGGUUGAGAGAGGGAAAGCUUUUGGCUACAAAUAACAAAGCCCAAAUAACAAUGGCUUGCAAGCAAAGAGGGAUUUGUUUUUCUCCCAUAACUAAUCUGGAGGUGCUUGGCAUUGUUUCAAAGGCAAAAUAAUUCAGUGCCUUGAGUGUCAUGACUUUUUCAUCAAGUCACAGGAUGGCUCCCAUAGUUCAGGUAAAAUAUCUGCAUUCAAAGCAGGAAGAAGGGGUGGGUAGGACCAGCAACAUCUGUGCCUUUUAUCAGAAAGGGUUUUCCCAGAAACCCUCAGCAGACUUCUGAUUACAUCUUAUUGACCAUAGCUGCUGUGUUGCAUGGAGGCUAGGAGCAAAGGAAUCAGAAAAAAAUAUUUAGCUCUUCCAGCCUCUAUAGUGGAGUUUAGGCAAGCAAAGGGGGGGAUUGAGAAAGGUGUUGAUUUAGCCAACAAAUAAUCUGCCAGGAGCAUUUGUAUGAUUUAAGGCAGAAGAAUUGAGCAUGUUUAUCACUGCAUGGGAGAGUCUGAAAGUGCAGAGAGGAGGGAAUGUGCAGUUCAAAGUGGGGAAAUCAGAUCUAGGACAGAGGCAGAGGCCACAGGGAUCUUUUUCAACAGGAGGAAGGAAACUUUCCACUGGGAGAGGGGUGAACAAGAAACAAUGGGUACAGAAGAUAUUUCUGGAUAGCAAUGGAGGUUUCCCAUGGACUCUUGAGUGUUUAGAACUACAUCAUUUUGAUCUCUAUGGGCUACAGGACCUCUACAGAGUUUAAAAAAAAAAAGGCAAGGACUAAGGGGGAAUGAAACACUGAAUUAAUUAUAACCUCAGAAACUUAGAUUUUAAAUAAUGUCUCUCCCUUACACCAGCUUCUUACUUUCCCUUUAUAUAUUUGUUUUUCUUGUUCCCCACCUGAUCUCAAAAGAUAGAAAUGAAUGGAAGAAGGAAGCAGAGAGGCAGAAAAUAGAUGAAAAAUGAAAAAGUAGCAAAAUUAAAGGCUCAAAGGGAGGCAGAGGAUGAGAAGGAGAGGAAGAAUAAAAUGUACUGAAGCCUAUAAGAUGGAUGUGAUAACCCCAAAUUGGUAAAAUGUUAACCUUUAGAGGGAGCAGCAGGAGAAAUGGGUCAGAUAAAUGAAGGUUUCACUUUUUCAGGAGUUUUGGAAGCUUCGGGUCCUCAUAUGUCAGUGCUCAGCCAUCCUGGGCAACAAGGAAAGAGGAAACUUCUGCACCUUUCUUCCCAGCAGGGGCAGGAUUCCUGGUCCCUAGACAUGAGAGACCCUGGGCAAGGCACUUAAUAUAUCGCUGUCUCAAUUUUCUUAUUUGUUAACAGUGCAGACCUUAUAGCUUUGGAUUACAUUCAGUACUAAUGUAAAAUGCUUAGUGCCCAACACAUAUUUAGUGCUAAAUAAAUAUUAUCACUUUCAUAUAUAUGAACAAUAUCCAAACUUGUUAGCAUGGUAUCCAGAGCCUUUAAUUAUCUCAAUUAUCUUGGGCUCUGAAAGCAAAUACCUUGUAGGAAGGUUAUAUAAUUGUAGGAGGCUCUCUCCUCCUUCUAUUACCCCACUGCUGUAACAGCCUUCUAACUGCUUUCCCUGUAUUAGCUCUAGCCCCACCACAGCCUUUUCUCCCCAAAGCAGACCAUUGAUUCUGUCAAAAUGUAUUCAGCCACACCACUCUUUUGCUUAAACCCCUUUGAUGGUUUCCUAUAACGUAUAGAAUAAACCCAAACUUUUUACCAUGGCCUUCAAGCCCUCUAGUCCCUUCUAAUCUCCUCUCCCACUCUCCCUUGUUGACUGUGCCCUCUUCUGUCAUACUGGCCUUCUUAAACCACAGACUCACCAACAACACCUCUAUCUCUGGUCAGCAUUUCUGUUCUCUUCCCAAUAUUCAAAUGUUUUCCUUCCUUACUGCAUUCAGAUCUCUGCUCAAAUGUUACCUCCUCAAAGAGAACUCAAAGUACUACUUAAAAUAAUCCCCACUUCCCCACCCAGUCACACUCUAAACCUAACAGCCUAAGUGUGUCAUCCGUUCAGUUCAGUCACUCAGUAGUGACCGACUCUUUGCGACCCCAGGGACUGCAGCACGCCAGCCUUCCCUGUCCAUCACCAACUCCCGGAGCUUGCUCAGACUCACGUCCAUCGAGUCGGUGAUGCCAUCCAACCGUCUCAUCCUCCGUUGUCCCCUCCUGCCUUUGAUCUUUCCCAGCAUCAUUCCAGUGAGUUAGUUCUCCGCAUCAGGUGGCCCAAGUACUGGGGCUUCGGCAUCAGUCGUUCAGUGUGUCGUCACUGCCUAAUAAAACAUUUUCUGUUUAUUGAGUACUACCUCUAGUAGAAUUCAACCUGCAACAGUGCUGUUGUUCAGUCGCUCAGUCGUGUCUCUUUGCUACCCCAUGUACUGCAGCAUGCCACGGUUUCACUAUUUCUCCGGUCCUUAGAACAGUGCCUGACACAAGCAGACACUCCAAAGGUGUCUACAGAAUGAAAUAGUCAAUAAAAACAUAAACAGAAUGCCGUAAGUAAACACUGCUUUCUAAGAUGUGGCCAACAGUUCCCUAAUUGACAAAUCUCAGGUCUCAUUAUUGACUUUUUUUUUUGGCGGGGUGGGGUUGGGGGGAGAUAAAACCCUUUCGUGUUUACUUUCCGAGCUCCCAGAAAAUACAUAUUCAAAGGCAACUAAAUAUCUCCAGUUGGAGUUUUCUAUACUUUAUCUCAUCCUUGCCCGCCUCUGCAAGAUACUGUCCACAAAAAUAAAUACCAUCUCUCUAGACAGCACCCAAUUGUACAAUACAAACUCCUGGGCAUCAAGGCUCCUUGCUAAGACGUGGAGAACCAAAUUUAUUCUACCUCGUGGACGUUUCUCGCACCAUGCCCUCUGUCCUGUGGCCACCAUCCUGUUCCCAGCCAGCAUCCGCUGAAUCCUCAACUACCGCAGCAGCCUCCUCAGUCAUCUGCCCGCACCUCUGUCGACCUGGUUCCCGCGUCCCACUCAUCGCCCGAACCACGCUCCGGCCCAAACACCAGGACCCACUGUUAGCAUCUUGAGCGUUCCCGUGGCCGAAGCACGGCCCCACUGCCUUCGCUAGUAAUCGCGCGGUCCUCCACUCGGGAACGCUCCUUUUCGACUUGUCUCCUACUGAGAACUUGAGGCGCGUCCCGGUUCCGCUCUCCUCGUCGGAUCAGGCGCCGCUCCCCCGGCAUGACCUCCCGUGUCCCUUUGUCAACUUUUCGCUGGUGUCUAUCUUCGUCAUGCUGACCAGAACGGAACCAAAUCCGCACGUGAGGAUCAGCGUGUUGGGGGGUCACCUGCCUGGGGAACCGUGACCACCAGGCGAGUCCCUGGGAAAUGUAGUUUCGGCACCAAACCCUCUCUGGCCCGGGCUCGGGGGUGGGGGGGGCCUACCUGCGCAGGCGCGCAACGUCACUUUCUCCGCCCAGCGCGGAGGCCGGCGCUUGCUGCCGAUAUGCCUUCUGGGAAGUGGAGUCUGCGAAGCAGGAGCGCGGCAGCUCUCGGACCUGUGAGAAUCCGGCGAAGCAGGUCCCUCGGCAACGCGCAAGCGCAGUUCCGACCCCGACUGCAGCCCAGCUCAUUGUGUUCUGCCUGCGAUGUGGCGGUGUGGAUCUCACCGCUGGCAGAGGCUCCUCGAAGGGCAACCCAGCGGUGACUAGGCACGGUGGCCAAAGCCGUAUCGGGAGAGCGGGAGCAGCCUUGGGGUGGUGGAGCUGGUGGGAAGGGCGGCUGAAAACCGAGUCGGUCUGGGUAGUGGUCCGUUCUGAAGGACGCUGAUCUGACGCCCCAAACUUCCCUGGAUGUAUGGCCAAGGUUAGAUUCCAAAGACAAAAAGGCCAAGUGUGGGCUCGGGUUUAGGGUCCGAAUCCGCGGGUGCAUGUGGAGAAAGAUACGGUCAGGGUCACUGGUUUGUGAUUUGGAACCAACUCCGGUAAUCCCGUUUACGCUCGGUGGUAGAUGCUCCCGGUGUGGUUCGGCUCCCUGUAUCUGGAACUCGCUGAGGCCGGGUCUGCAGCGGCGCAACCACUGCACCAGCUCCCCAAGGGACCUAGCUGAGAGGCAGAGGGCCGGUCACCCAAACCGGGUCCCAGAGAAGGAGGCCUGAGGCUAGAGAACAGCAUAGCCUGAGAGACGUCUCGACAGUGAAGAUGCAGCCUUCUUAGCUUCUUUUUUGAGGAGAAAGAAGACGACCCUCCUUCCUUACUUCCUCUACUCCCCUCCCAGGAUUAGGCAGGUGUCCAGGCAGGAGUCACACGUUUCUUGAGAUCUCUCAGCAUAAUUUAAGGGCAAAAGGCCAGAGGGUGUGUAAAAAGUGUGAAAUCGGGCUGGAGGAUGCUUUUUUCAAGGAAAAGUCAAGAUACUGAAGGAAAGGUACUGAGAAUUUGACUCAAGUUGCUAGGGGGAAAUUGAUGGGGAAUAGUGGGAGUAGCAGCAAGAUGAGCUAUUCCCUUUACAGUGGAGGCCAGCAGAAAUAUCCCCGAAGAGGAGAGAGGAUUGGGAGCAAACAGGGACUAAGAAUUCACUGUUUGGGGUAUUGGAGGAUUCCCAGGGUGUGAAUGCUCAAAGCCCCCCUUUGGACUGCUGUGUGAUAUCUUUUGACCCAGUCCUCUCCUCAUGAACAGUAGAAGGUGUUUCCAGCCUGAGGAUUUCCACUCUGCUUGUCUCUAAAAAGGCUCAUCAGAGAAGAAGGAAUGGCAGUCAGGUGCCUGCCCGCCAUGGUCCAGGAAUCAGUGACCUUCAAGGAUGUGGCCGUGCUUUUCACCCAGGAUGAGUGGGCGCAGCUGAGUCCUGCCCAGAGGGCCCUGUACAGGGAUGUCAUGCUCGAGAACUACAGCAACCUGGUGUCCCUGGACUGGGUGAUUACACCUAUGAAUAAGAAAUCUAUUCUCAAGGCAGAUAUUCCUGAAGGAGAAUUGGGUCAGUGGAUGAUAAAGGAAAGAUUCACUAGAGAUAGUUGCUGGAAAUAUGAUGACCUGUUGGAAUGGCAGCAUGGAGGCCAGGAGAUAAACUUGGAGCAAGUAGUGCUUGCUCAUGAGAAAACUUCAUCUGUGGUUGGCGACCAGAAAUGUGAUGAAUCUGGGAAACACGGCACCGUGAACUCAUCUUUUGUUCAAAGUCAGGGAUUUCAAUCUAGCAAAAAAGCCUUUGAGUGUAGUGAGUGUGGAAAAGUCUUCACUAAGAGUUCAACCCUCAAUAAACAUCAGAAGAUUCAUAGUGAAAAACUUAAUGCAAAUCAGAAAAUUGUUAUUAAAGAGAAGCGAUAUGAAUGUAGAGAAUGUGGGAAGGCCUUUCACCAGAGCACACACCUCAUCCAUCACCAAAGAAUUCACACUGGUGAGAAGCCAUAUGAAUGUAAAGAAUGUGGCAAGGCCUUCUCAGUGAGCUCCUCACUUACUUAUCAUCAGAAAAUUCAUACUGGAGAGAAACCUUUUGAAUGCAACUUAUGUGGAAAAGCUUUUAUCCGAAACAUACACCUUGCCCACCAUCACAGAAUACAUACUGGAGAGAAACCUUUUAAGUGUAAUAUAUGUGACAAAGCCUUUGUGUGUAGGGCACAUCUUACCAAACACCAGAAUAUUCAUAGUGGAGAGAAACCCUACAAAUGUGAAGAAUGUGGCAAAGCCUUCAAUCAGAGUACAAGUUUUCUUCAGCAUCAGAGAAUUCACACUGGAGAGAAGCCUUUUGAAUGUAAUGAAUGUGGAAAGGCCUUCAGGGUGAACUCUUCCCUUACCGAACAUCAAAGGAUUCAUACCGGAGAGAAACCUUAUAAAUGUAAUGAAUGUGGAAAAGCGUUCAGGGAUAAUUCAUCCUUUGCUCGACAUCGGAAAAUUCAUACUGGGGAGAAACCUUACAGAUGUGGUUUGUGUGAGAAAGCCUUCAGGGACCAAUCAGCCCUAGCCCAACAUCAGAGAAUUCAUACUGGGGAGAAGCCUUACACAUGUAAUAUAUGUGAGAAAGCCUUCAGCGACCAUUCAGCCCUCACUCAGCAUAAGAGAAUUCAUACUAGAGAAAAACCUUACAAAUGUAAAAUCUGUGGGAAAGCCUUUAUCCGAAGUACACACCUGACUCAACAUCAGAGGAUUCACACAGGAGAGAAACCUUAUAAAUGUAAUAAAUGUGGGAAAGCUUUUAACCAGACUGCAAACCUCAUUCAGCAUCAGAGACAUCAUAUAGGAGAAAAGUGACAUGGAAGAGCCUUGAGACUGAGUGUAUUAAUUAUUGAAUGCAGGAGAAUAACCAUGAAAGCUUACUUGAAGAUAGUCAUUUUUUUACUGAGAGUCAAGGUUCACACUAGUAUGGGUUUUGAGACCUUAAGAAUGGCAAAUACUUUUCAUACUUCAGGAAGUAUCUUGGUUGAAUAGCAGUGAUAUGUAAUUAGUCUGAAUUACCAAGUAUCAGAACCAGAAUGGACCUUCAUUAACCACAUGGAAAUUAGUUCACCAUUAAGAGAAAGUAUAAAAUUGUAAAAAUUAAGGUUGAGAAGCAAAGGAACAAAAAAGAAAAUGGUCUAUAAGCAUUUUACUUUACUUGUAGGAGGAUUUCUACCUUUAAUGGAACCCUUUGUUUUCCUCACCCCCUACUGCUGACACCAGCGUAAAGAAAGUACAGUUAUCUAAGCAUUGGCCCAGGAGUUAAACUAUGCUUCCUGCUUUCUGCUUCAAACCACUUUUUGUCACACUUCCCUGGUUCAUACGUCCACUGGCUUCUUACUUGUAUUCUCCUCCUGGGAUAAUUCAUUUGAUCGGUGUGUCCUUUUUUGAUUUAGCAACUCCUAAUUGGUGGCAUCACAUCAAUUACUACCACCCAGUUUGCUCUUGAGGACUGGUGACUUGACCUCAUACACAGCCCAUGAUUCUGGAUAUUGCACUAAACCCAGCUUUCAGAACACGGGACCCCUGUCUGGAAGGCAGAGGUUGAUCUAAAUUCCUCAGUUACCCAGUUCCUCUGGGCUUCAGCUUGACUCUCACCCUUGGAUAAUCCCUAAACUAGGGACAUAGUCUAUGCAGACAUUUCCUUCCAAUUGUUCUGCAUUGUAGUACUCCACACAUGGCAGUCAGGGGCAUGCUCAACUUUGGGUGUGAUGAUUCUAAAACCCAGAGGUGUUCUGGGCCACCUCUGCUUCUGUGACUUGCCAUUUCAUGAUGUGCAACUGAUGAGGUUAGAGCUUCAGGCAGGUUGUCAGAAUGCUCUUAACCACCCUUUCCCUUGGCUGGGCAGUCCUCUGUGUCCACUGCAUUAGAGUAUAUUUGUUGCUCCCAGAAUAUUGAACUGCUGGAUCCUGUUCCUUGCCUUCCUGUUGUCUACUUUUCUGAAGGUAUCAACUCUGUUCACGGAAGAUGGAGAGAGCUUUGAAUUUCUGAUUUUGCAUUUAAAAGUUGCCAUUUCCUCUCCACCACCUGGGUAUUCUACCAUGUAAAGAUUACCCCAUUCUGACAGUAGUGAGCAGCAUGUUGAGUAAUUCCAUGGAGUGACAUUCUCUGGCAGGGGCCGCUCCCAGAAGUUGGAGUGAUACUCUAGUCCUGCAGGUACAGUUCCCUCACUAUCUUUAAUUCUUUACUGCUGUCAGUAGACAUCACAGAUAAAAUAACAUCCAUGUGCCUUCAAACACAGCCCCUCAUGGCACCUCCCCUUCCCCAUCACAAAGAAUGAGGAGCCCACACUGCUGCAGGCUGGAGCAUGCUAAGGCAUGAAGGUGGAAGAGCAAGUCAGCUGUCAUCUGGGAAGCAGUGUGGCAGGUUCCUGGUCUGUGAAAGUGCUCUCCAUCAAGUUGGGUGACAUGCCAGCACCCAUGAAAGCUGUACCUCAGCUCCAAGUUACAGGAGAGGAUAUUCUUUGUGAUGGUGGAAUCAGGACUUCAGGUUGAACAUAGACUUGGAGGCUUCCAGUAGCUUUAAAGCCCCAAGUUCUCUAAAUUCAGCUACCACCUAAUAAAGGCCACCUACUUGGGUUGCUAUCUCCUGUUAGGUGAUCAACAACUCAUCCUUUCUCCCUGGAUGAGCUGCAGGUGAAGCGGCAUUUCAAGAGGUUGCUUGGAACCCAUCAUGCCCUGGGCCCAUACAUGUUCAUCUGUAGCUUCUCAUGGCUGGCAACCCCAGAUCCAACAAUAAACUUGGAAAACUGCUCA